AUGCUCGCAGGUCCUGUGGAUGGUGUUGGACUGUCUUUGUCCACCAUUGCUGGAAUCCUUGUUUCCAUACUCGAGGUCAACACUAUCGUAUAUGGGAUUACUGCGCUCGCGCUGUACGUCGCCUGGUGGCACAAGCCCCAUGACGUUAUGAAGCUGGCAAUCACACUUUCGAAAAGAUUUAUUCGUAUAGAGACUUGUGCGCUACUUCAUGUCAUAACUCACUGCGGGGGUGACCUUCGAGAUUCACGCAUUGUCCAGGGGUCAGAGCUAAUAAAUGUUCAGUUCAUUAACCUCGGGUCGGAUUCGCUUGGGUAUGCCGAUUUACUUGUGUAUCGGAGCGGUGUUAUAUCCCCUCCGCCACCAAGUCCCACAAUUGAUGUCGAUGUCCUAAAAAUACAGCUGGGCCUUACACUUAUUCAUCGGGAAUCAGUAUCUUCUUUUAGCGUGACCAGGGCGGACACGUACCGAGCUUACCAAGUCCGACAUUGA